AUAAUUUUGGCGUGGAAGGUUCCUCGCCAUUCUUUACUAAGAAAAUGUAUCGAUUUUUGAAGUUAUAUACUUGAUAAAAGAUGAAACCGCCAAGGCGUGGUAAAGCUAAGUCCAAAUGUACUUGCUGUUCAGGUAAACAACCCACAAAAAACAAAAAAGUGGCAGAGAAACGUCCAAGGAACAGUUCUAGAAAGCAGGCAAAUACCGAGAGUUUACCAUUCAACUUAACAACCAGUCUGGUCGAAACUCCCAAUAAUGAUGCGCCUACAACAAAUAAUUCUCAGACAUUUGCUACAAACCUUUCAGUACCGAGUACAUCAAGUUCAACAAAUCAGUUCAUACCACAUUUGGUCAACACACAACAGCUGCCUAUCCAUAUGCAAGACACGGACAUGUCUGAUGAUCCAUCAUCAGAUUCCGAUCAAGAUGAAACAGAAACAGAUGCUGGCAUUCAUGUUUUACCAAGUUUUCAAGAGGCAGUUGCCCAACAUUCUCAAAAUAUUACGUCAGAUCCAGAAAUUUCAAGCUACUGCUCCGUACAUGGACAAAACUCCAACAUUAGUUCCACAGGACCUUCUCAUGCUUCAAUAAACAGAGAUGUAUAUCAUCUCCUAGAUUCUGCAUUAGCACCAUCUACUAAAUGUAGUUAUCGAAAUGCUUUAACACAUUACAGAACUUUCCAUGACACGUACUAUCCCAAUUGCCCACUUCUACCCGUUUCUACAGAACGUCUUGCGCAAUUCAUAGCUAUUUGUCACAAACGGAACCUUAAAGCCUCUACUAUCACCUCUUAUAAUUCUGCUAUUGCAUAUAUCCAUAAACUUCACAAUAUGGUCUCCCCUUCCGAGUCUUUUGUUGUAAAGAAAAUGUUACAUAGUAUCAGAAGGCAUAAGCAGUUAGACAAACGCCAACCGUUUACAAUCUCGAAUAUAAGAAACAUUUUAAAAUCACUUUCGGUCAUUGUUUCGGAUGGUUUCACUCGCAUCAUUAUGCAAGCCAUGUUUUUAGUAGCCUUUUUUGGGCUUUUUCGUGUAGGUGAACUAGCUCAUUCAUUAACUGGUUCUCAAAACGUUAUUAGACGAGAGGAUUUAGUUUUCAAAUAUAAACGAUCAAAUAUUUCCUCUAUGUCCAUCACAAUUCGGAACUAUAAACACUCCCAAGGCAACAUCUCAGUAGUUCCCUUAGCACGCCAAAGUAACAAAAAGUUAUGCCCAGUACAUGCUCUAUUAAAGUAUUUACGAAUUGCUCCUAAUGGUAAUGGUCAAUUGUUUAGAGAUCGUAAUGGUCAGCCUAUCUCUACUGCUUUCUUUCGAUCAAUAUUACGCUCUUGUGUUAUUGCAAAUAACAUGGACCCAAACUUAUAUACUGCACACUCAUUUCGUAUUGGAGGGGCUACUCAUGCUUAUGAAUCAAAUAUGCCAGCAUCGCAAAUACAGAAAUUAGGUCGAUGGAAGUCUACAGCAUAUCUCAAAUACAUUCGUUCUACAACUCGCCCAAUUCCAAAUAAUUAAAAUAUUGACAUAUCUGUCAGAGCAAGAUAACAUAUUGAAUCGUAUUUCAGAAAUUUCCUUUACAUUUUAUGAUCUGUCGGUUCAAGGCAGCAGAUCUUUAGGUAAUAAAGAUUAGACAUAUUAUUAAAGCUAACUGAAUGCCAUUACAAAUUUCAAAUUACUGACAGUUGAAGGCUGCAGUUUUAUUCUUUGCUGACGGUGCAAGGCCGCAGUACAUUGUAUGUUUACUUUGUUCCAUAAUUUCAUUUAUGAACGUAUUCAUUUUCAACUUAGACUUAUGUUUUGUUAAAUUGGCUUUAUGUAAGUUCAAUUAAUCUGACAGUACAAGGCUGCAGGUUAAAUAAUUAUCAUUCACUGAUAAAUACAAGUUAGACUUACACUGAUACAGCAACAAUGUAUGAAUAGAUGUAAAUAAUAUGUGUAUAUAUUUGUUACUUAAGGUCUCUAGCUAUAGGUCACUUAAAUGUUGUCAUGUUCAAAUGUAAUUAAAUGUUUUGAUAUUUUUGUAACAGUUUCAUUUAUUAUCUUGUCAUGAAUUUAUACAUGAAUUUUAUACAUUUUUCUGCAUGUUUACAAUGUACAUGUAUACCAUUUGCUUACACAGAAUUUAGUUGCUACUUUACAAUAGCAUAUCAGGUACUAUGUUCCUGACAGUUCAAGGCUGCAGGCUACAAA